GACACGGAUGUGACAGGGUGGACUUAAAGGGGCAGCGACACGAGGGGAUGGGGACAGGAGGGACACGGAGGGGCACAGGGGGGUGGCCACAGACACGCGACACAGGGGGACACGGAUGUGACAGGUGGACGUGGGGGUGGACACGUGCGAGGGGUUGGGCAUACAUGGACACGGACACCACGAGGGGACACACGGACACCACGAGGGGACACACGGACAGGGAUGGGAGCAGGGAGUCACGAAGGGACUCGGACACCAGGGGGCGGGCACGGACACGGUGUGACACCGGGGGGACACGGCGGGGACACGGAGGGGACAAGGGUGGACACAGGGCAGUGGACGUGGAGGGACACGGACACCGGAGGGGGCUCGGACAUGGGGAGGGGACACGGACAUGAUGCACUCGGGACACUGAGCUGCAGACACGGGGAGGCGACACCGGGAUGGGGACAGCCACCCUGCCAGGGGACACAGCCACAGAGUCCCCUGGCUCCCACCCGGCCCCGGGGUCUCCUCACACUCGGGGGGUCCCUGUGCUGCCUCAGGGGGGGGUCUGUGUGCCCACGUGGGUGUCACCCCCCCCCCUCGGGUCACAGGGGUCACCGGGACACUCAGCCAGUGCCAGAGGGAUGCUCAGCACCCCAAAAACGACCGGGGGGGGUCUGGCAGGGGUCAGGGGGUGCUGAGGUGGGGGUGCUGCCCCCCUGCCCCCCCCCCCCGGGGCCGGCUACGCCCUGGCAGGGUGACACGGGACAGCCGGACCCGCCUGUUCCUCUUCCCCACACCAGGCAGCAGCGGCCGGAGCGCAGGCUCCCGCUGCAGUGGAAGAACCAUGGGGGUCCCCGCGGCCCCGCUGCUGCUGCUGCUGCUGCUGCUGCUCCCGGGGAGCCCCUUUUUUAUCGUGUCGCCGUGUUUCCCCUUGCUGCUGGGCGUUUCCGAUGAGCUGGACCUGAGCAACAGGAGCAGCGGCUGUGCCGAGCUGGACUGGGGCCCGUUCCACCGGCAGCGCCGGCUGCUGCUGAGGAACAACGGCAUCGAGGCGCUGAACCCCUCGGCCCGCCUGGGACCCCGGCUGGAGGAGCUGGACCUGGCGGAGAACCGGCUGCGGGAGCUGCCCCGCGGCUUCUUCAGCAACGCCACGGCCCUGCGGAGCCUGAGCCUGGAGGGGAACCCCCUCCCCGCCGUGCCCCCCGCCGCCUUCCAGCCCACGCUGAGCUCCCUGAGCGUGUCGUGCCGCUGCGACCUGCUGGGCACGGUGCUGGCACCCUGUGCCCGCCCGGGCAUCACCUGCCUGUGCCUCACAUCCCACGGGCAUCCCUUCAACGUCACGGAGUUCCACGGCCGGGAGUGCGGGCCCGGCGCGGGGCUGGCGGCCGGGGUGGCCGCGGGGGUGGCCGUGCUGGUGGCAGCGCUGGUGGCAGCGCUGGUGGCCGCCGUUCGGUACCGGCGGAGGAGAGCGGGAGCCGCGGUGGGCGGCGUGGGGAGGGGGAAGCGGGAUCCCGCUGGAAACGCGCGGCAGCCGCGCUACAUCAGCCGGGACACCGGGAGCGGCUCCGCCGAUGUCACCGACGGCCCCGACUACGAGAACGUGUUCGUGAGCCCCGGCACGGCCCCGGGAGCCCCGCGGGGAUGGGCACCGGCGGGGCAGGAGCCGCGCUACAGCCCCCAGGUCCUGCUGGAUGAGGAUUAUUUCCUGGAGAGCAAUCCCGGGGACCAGCCCAUCUACGCCAACACUGUGUGCCCCACCGAGGACAUCUACAUCAUUCCUGACCAGUGAGGGGCUGGGGGACCCUGCCGGGGCUGGGGGGACCCCCUGUGUCCCCCACUGCUGCCCUUUCCCCGGCUGUCCCCCAGCCCAGAGGGGACAGGGACAUUCCCCGCCGCCGUGCAGGGCUCCCACGCACAUCCCGCGGGAGCGCCUUUUGCAGGGGGGAUUUUUUUGGCAGCCCCAGUCGCCUCCUUCGCCCCGAUUCUCAGGCGGAGGUGAGGGCUGAGCUGGCGUUUCCUCCCGGGGCUGCGGCCACCGACCGCGGGGACACCGGCUGCCACAUCCGCCACCGGAGCCUCGGGGCCAGCGCUGGAGGAGCGGGGCUGGAGGAGCUGGGCUGGGCUCGGCCUGGCUGAGCUGGGGCUGGCUGAGCGGGGCUGGGCUCGGCCUGGAGGAGCUGGGCUGGGCUCAGCUGUGGAGCUGGGCUCAGGACUGGAGCUGGGGCUGGGCUCAGCCUGGCUGAUCUGGGACUGGACCCAGCACUGGCUCAGCCUGGCUGGGCUCAGCCUGGAAGAGCUGGGACUGGGCUCAGCCUGGAGCUGGAGC